AUGGAGGAUCUCUUUCGUGGAUUUAUCAUAAUCCAUUCUACUGGAAUAUGUGUAAGAGUCUGGUGGUUUUUAUUGGUGGCAUUUUUCUCGUACGAACUGUUAGCGACGAAUGGGAUUUUUUGUGAUUUGCCUCCUGUGAAAGGAUUCCCGCCCAACGAAUUUCUCAGAAGCUUUGAAAAAUGGAUUAGAUGUUUACGCGAUAACUUGACAGCACUUCGCAUUUAA